CUUAACCAAAAUCUAAAGCCUCCUCCGAAUUCUCUCAUGUCUCCCUCUCUCUCUCUCAUCUCCUCCACCCACUGCCCCCUCCCCCACCCUCUCUCUGCUCCUCCGCCCACUGCUCUCCCUCUCUCUCAUAUCCCAGCUCCUUGACUUCCGGCAACAACCCGUGAAGGACCCUGUGCUUUUUCUCAAACCGACGUCGUCUUUCUUGGAAAACGGAGGCAGUACUCCUGGGCUCGAUAUCGAAGUACUCCCUGAAUCAGAAGUUUAUAAAUCCAAACAUGAUAAAUGGUUAGUUCAACUCUUAAUGGCGCUUGAUUAUUUGCAUGCCAACCAUAUUCUUCAUCGUCAUGUCAAGUGUUCAAACAUAUUUUUGACAAAGGAUCAAGACAUACGUCUAGGUGAUUUUGGUCUUGCUAAAAUGUUGACUUCAGAUGAUCUAGCUUCCUCUGUUGUGGGAACUCCGAGUUAUAUGUGCCCUGAGCUUCUUGCCGACAUACCAUAUGGUUCUAAGUCAGAUAUUUGGUCUCUAGGUGAGUUUCCCCUUUUCCUUGGCAGCUCUUAACAUUUGGUGACUUAAUCAGCAUACCUCCCCACCUCUGCUGCCCACAAUUUCUGUGUUACUUUUUAAGAAACACAUAAAUGUAAUGAAAUGCAUAUUC